AGCAUUUUCCCAAAAGGAAACCCUAAAUAAUCCCACUCUGAGACUCUGAGUGACGGAGUUUUAGAGAGAGAGAGAGAGAGAGAGAGAGCGAAAAAGCGAGAGGAAGCCAUGGAUGCGAUAAGGAAGCAGCUGGACGUGCUGAUGGGGGCGAAUCGAAACGGAGACGUCCGGGAGGUGAACCGCAAGUACUACGAUCGCGACGUUUGCCGCCUCUACCUAGUCGGCCUUUGCCCUCACGAGCUCUUCCAACUCACGAAAAUGGAUAUGGGUCCCUGCCCAAAGGUCCACUCCUUGCAGCUGAGGAAAGAAUAUGAGGAAGCCAAAGCAAAAGGGCCUGAUAACUAUGAUAGAGAUUUGGAGGAUGUUAUAGAUAGGCUCAUUCUUGAGUGUGAUAGGAAGAUUACUAGAGCUCUUAGGCGCCUUGAGGCUGAUGAUGCGAAGGCUGCUAUUGCAAUUUCUGUCUCUGAGGUUACACAGACGCCUGAGGUACUUGAGCUAUCCAAGCAGAUCAAAGAGAAGUUGAAAGAAGCUGAUCAAUAUGAUCUUGAAGGCAAAACAGAUCUUAAGAUUCGAGCUUUGGAGGUAGUAGAAGAACUGAGAACCAGAAGAGCAGACAAACAGUCCAUGCUUCUUUUGGAUGCAUUCAAUAAGGAUAGGGCAUCUUUGCCUCAGCCUUUGCCAAAUCCACCACCUUUGGCACCCUUACCUGUAAUUACUCCCGAUCCUCGUACACAGGAAAUGAUAAAUGAAAAGUUGAAGAAAGCGGAGGAUCUUGGUGAGCAGGGUUUGGUUGAGGAGGCACAGAAGGCUUUGGAAGAGGCUGAAGCCCUUAAGAAGCUACCUGCCCGGCAGGAGCCUGCUCUGGAUUCCUCCAAGUACACUGCUGCUGAUGUGCGCAUUACUGAUCAGAAAUUACGUGUUUGUGACAUUUGUGGAGCAUUUUUGAGUGUUUAUGACAGUGACCGACGUUUAGCUGAUCAUUUUGGAGGGAAGCUUCAUUUAGGCUAUAUGCAAAUCCGUGAGAAGUUAGCAGAGCUUCAGGAAGAGAAAGAAAAGAGCCGAAAGGUUGAUCGGGAUGAGAGAAGAUCAAAGGAGCGAAGUAGGGAUGGAGACAGGGAACCUAGCAAGGAUCGGGAGAGAGUAGAUAGCCGUGAUCAGGGCAGGGAUUACGAUCGUAGGAGCAGAGAUCGUGACAGGCAUCAUGACCGUGAACGUGGACAUGAUCGGGAGCGUGACAGAGAUUCAGAUCGCUCUCGUGGUUAUGAUUCAAGAAGUCGCCGCAGGUCACGGUCAAGGUCAAUGGAGCGCUCCAGGGAUUAUGAUCGCCACAGGCGAUAUGACCGACACUAGAUGAUCCUAGCUGUGGAGAAUAUGGAUUUGAAAAUGUUAUCGUUGAGGUCAGUGUUAAGACACAUGUAGGGAAAAGAUUAUUUUAUGUGUUUUUUUUUUUGUUAAUUUUUAGCGGAGUUGAGCUGUGAUUCUCCAGUGAUGGUCAUCAUGACUUGAGCAGUGCUUAGGUUUAUGAAUUUGGUGUUUGAGAGGUAUGUCUCGACACUCUGAUUAAGUUAACUUGGAGUUUGCAUUCCUACUUAAAUGUGGUUGUAAUGAAAUUUGGUUUGAUGCGGUUGUGUA